CUUACUCAUGGGUGGGGUGUAUCAACAGUACCCAGUUAGUUCACUCCUAGGCUUCCGUUUGGGUGCGUCGUGGUGUCCCUGCGUGCUGUGGCUGUCUGGAGCUUCCCUCAUUCGGUGAAGGCCUUGUGGGGUUCUAGGCUGACAAGGGGGCGCGGCAGCAAGGUGGGGGCACAGCAAGCAGGGGCACAGCAAGCAGGGCCACACCCAUGGAUGACAACCCUGAAGAGUGCCCAGUGUGCAUGACCUUGUUUAAUGAGGAGGAGGCAGAGGAACGCCCAAGGAACCUCCCCUGUGGCCACACCUUUUGUACCAGCUGCAUCAACAUCGUGAAAAAGAACGACCGCAUUUCCUGUCCCUCUUGUCGCACCAAGCACAAGGUCCCCCCGGCUGGAGGCUUCCCUAUCAGCUACACCCUCGAGGCUGUCAUCAGGAGGCGCAGGGACACGGGAAGGAGACAGUCGGCAGUAGCGCAAGUGACACAAUGCAGGGAGAAGUGUCUGUCAAGAAAAAUGUGUGCCCUUCUUCGGGAGCAGGAGGGAAGAGUUCAGACCACCAUCACAGCCUGCCAGGAGGUGCAGGCACAGUUUAACCAGUACCACACGAGUCUAGAAGGCCUGCAGACCCAGCAUCAGUGCCUGCAGGAUAGACUGCAAGCCAUACUGGAUGUGGUGAGAAAUGCAAGGGAAGUUCUGCGUCAGGAGAAGAGCCACAUGGAGUAUAGAAAGCAUCGGGUACAACAGGAGGAGAACCAGCUACAUGGCUUGCUGGAUCCACUAAGCAGGGUCACCACAUUGGAGGAAGCCUGCAAGAUGAUCAUUGUGACCAACCAAACCACUAGCCAGGUGGAGCAGGGAGUGGAGGAGUGGAACAAGGCCUUUCCCAGCUAUGACACUGUUGCUGCCACCAGGAAGGUGUGGGAUGCAUCAAAAAUGGCAGUUGAAGCUAUAAACGGUAUUAUGGCAAGUCUGCAGCCAAACGGUAAUGAGAGCACAACAGAUGAACCAGCCUGCCCCAUCACUGACAGGCUAAACUCCCUACUCACCACAACAGUAACAGCUGAGGACGUCUUCAGCCUGGAACAAUCUGCAAGGUACCUGCUGCUGGGUGGCCUGGUGGUGGCUGUCAUCCAGGGGCAAGAGGACACAUGCCACGCGAGGUUAAGUCUUAAAAAUAACCAGCUGUACCUACACUCCAUGCAACAGCUGCCCGUGCCCCUCGGAGCUGCCACGCUGCAGAUGACAGAGAUCGUUCCAUGUAACCCUCCCUGCAAGGUAUUCCUGGACAUAGCCUGGCCCGGCACAGCACCCCAGCGAGUCAUCAUAUACCUCAGCCCAGACACCCCACGUGGUCGCCAGUUCCUCUCUCUAUGCACGGGUCAGUGUGGAGUCUCGUACGCCAACACGAAACUUUUAGGGGUGAGGAAUAAGGGUUUGCAAGGGGAGUGGAUAUGGGGGGGUGAUUACAGUCAUGAUACUGGGGAGGGGGGAGCUGCCUUGUUACGCAACCUUGACUGGGGGGCGUACCGUAGGUCAAGUCGGGUCGGGGAUGUGUGGGGCGAGUACGGUGGUGACCUGUCGCGGGGUGCACAGUUUGGCAUCAACACAAGUAGUUGGGUUCAUGGACAGAUGUUUUAUGGUGCAUUCGGUGAAGUGGUGAGUGGCCUUGCAGUGCUCCGUGAGGCGGCCCAGCAGGAUGACGUGCGGAGAGUGACUGUGGUGGACUGCGGUGUGGUGCUGGAGUGCUGGGGGCAGGAUCCAGCACCACCAGAACCACAGCAGUGAAAAUGUGCAGUCAUUGUCUUGUUAUAAUUUCUUCUUCUUCUUUUUUUGUUUUUGUUUUUGAGGGACACUGGCUCAGGGUGCCAAGAAUCGAGGGGAAAAAAAAGAGUUCGCUAAGGCACCAGUCCCCAUUAGAAAAGCCAAAAGGAUCACUGAAAAUUUAGGGAUAAGUGUGUUGAAGCCUUCCUCCUAAAAGUGUUCAAGUCAUAGGAAGGAGGAAAUACAGAAAGACACCAACUUCAGGAAUUUACCAGAGAAAGGGAUGAAUAAUCGAGAAUACUGGUUAACUCUUGCAUUAGGGAGGUGGACAGAAUAGUGGUGAAAGACUCAGAAUACUGGUUAACUCUUGCAUUAGGGAGGUGGACAGAAUAGUGGUGAAAGACUCAGAAUACUGGUUAACUCUUGCAUUAGGGCGGUGGACAGAAUAGUGGUGAAAGACUGAGAAUACUGGUUAACUCUUGCAUUAGGGAGGUGGACAGAAUAGUGGUGAGAGAUUAAGAAUACAACAGCUGGCUCUGCAAACAAGAAUGCCUUAGGUUAGCAGAAAAGCUGGAAUCAUCUCCUGGAAAUACUUACGAGGGCUGGAAAUGUAAGAGAGAUCAGAACAUGUUUGGAAAUAAUAGAAUGAAAAAUGCUACCACUGACAAUACCUUUAAGUCUUUUGUAUGUGAAAUAAAUUAGUGAACAAUUCAA